CCUCUGAAAGAAGACGCCACGGUGAGCGGUCGGCGCUGGGGGUGUCCAAGGGCUGUUAACGUCGCUGCCAUGGGCAAAAGAGACCGGGCGGACCGCGGUGAGAGGAGGCACGGGCGCGACAAGAAGAAGUCCAAGAAGCGGCACUAUGAGGAUGAAGAGGAAGAUGAAGACGACACCCCUGGAAACGACUCUCAGGAGGCAGUCCCCUCGGCGGCCGGGAAGCAGGUGGAUGAGGCCGGGACCAAAGUGGAUGAAUACGGAGCCAAGGACUAUAGGCUGCAGAUGCCACUGAAGGAUGACCACACCUCCAGACCCCUCUGGGUGGCUCCUGAUGGCCACAUCUUCUUGGAAGCUUUCUCUCCAGUUUACAAAUAUGCCCAAGACUUCCUGGUGGCUAUUGCAGAGCCUGUGUGCCGACCAACCCAUGUACAUGAAUACAAGCUAACUGCCUACUCCCUGUAUGCAGCUGUCAGUGUUGGGCUGCAAACCAGUGACAUCACUGAGUACCUCAGGAAGCUCAGCAAGACUGGAGUCCCUGAUGGAAUUAUUCAGUUUAUUAAGUUGUGUACUGUCAGCUAUGGGAAAGUCAAGCUGGUCCUAAAACACAACAGGUACUUUGUUGAAAGCUCCCACCCCGAUGUCAUCCAGCAUCUUCUUCAAGAUCCAGUGAUCCGCGAAUGCCGCCUGAGGAAUGCUGAGGGGGAGGCCACUGAACUCAUCACAGAGACUUUCACAAGCAAAUCUGCCAUUUCUAAGAUGGCAGAUAGUGGCAGUGGGCCUUCUACUUCCCGGGUGACAGAUCCACAGGGUAAAUCUGACAUCCCUACGGACUUGUUUGACUUUUAUGAGCAAAUGGACAAGGAUGAAGAAGAAGAAGAAGAGACACAGACAGUAUCCUUUGAAGUCAAACAGGAAAUGAUUGAGGAGCUCCAGAAACGUUGUAUACACCUGGAGUACCCUCUGUUAGCAGAAUAUGACUUCCGGAAUGAUUCUGUCAACCCUGAUAUAAACAUUGACCUGAAACCCACAGCUGUCCUCAGGCCCUAUCAGGAGAAGAGCCUGCGGAAGAUGUUUGGGAAUGGACGUGCACGAUCGGGAGUCAUUGUUCUUCCUUGCGGUGCUGGGAAGUCCCUGGUUGGUGUGACUGCUGCGUGCACUGUCAGAAAGCGCUGUCUGGUGCUGGGCAACUCUGCUGUGUCUGUGGAGCAGUGGAAAGCCCAGUUCAAGAUGUGGUCCACCAUUGAUGACAGCCAGAUCUGCCGCUUCACCUCUGAUGCCAAGGACAAGCCCAUAGGCUGCUCCAUUGCCAUUAGCACGUACUCCAUGCUGGGCCACACUACCAAGAGGUCCUGGGAGGCUGAGCGAGUCAUGGAGUGGCUUAAAACACAGGAAUGGGGCCUCAUGAUCCUGGAUGAAGUGCACACUAUUCCAGCUAAGAUGUUCCGAAGGGUGCUCACCAUCGUGCAGGCCCACUGUAAGCUGGGUUUGACUGCAACCCUUGUCCGGGAAGAUGACAAAAUUGUGGACUUAAAUUUUCUGAUUGGGCCCAAGCUCUAUGAAGCCAACUGGAUGGAGCUGCAGAACAGUGGCUACAUCGCCAAAGUCCAGUGUGCUGAGGUUUGGUGCCCAAUGUCUCCUGAGUUUUACCGGGAAUAUGUGGCAAUCAAAACUAAGAAACGAAUCUUGCUGUACACCAUGAACCCCAACAAGUUCAGAGCUUGCCAGUUUCUGAUCAAGUUUCAUGAAAGGAGGAACGACAAGAUUAUUGUCUUUGCUGACAACGUGUUUGCCUUGAAGGAAUAUGCCAUUCGACUGAACAAACCCUAUAUCUAUGGGCCUACAUCCCAGGGAGAAAGGAUGCAAAUUCUUCAGAAUUUCAAGCACAACCCCAAAAUCAACACCAUCUUUAUAUCCAAGGUAGGUGACACAUCAUUUGAUCUUCCAGAAGCCAAUGUCCUCAUUCAGAUCUCAUCCCAUGGUGGCUCCAGGCGGCAGGAGGCCCAGAGGCUAGGACGGGUGCUUCGAGCCAAAAAAGGGAUGGUUGCAGAGGAGUACAAUGCCUUCUUCUACUCACUGGUAUCCCAGGACACACAAGAAAUGGCUUACUCUACCAAGCGACAGAGAUUCUUGGUAGAUCAAGGUUAUAGUUUUAAGGUGAUCACAAAGCUUGCUGGCAUGGAGGAAGAAGAGUUGGCAUUUUCCACAAAGGAGGAACAACAGCAGCUCCUACAGAAAGUCCUGGCGGCCACUGACCUGGAUGCGGAGGAGGAGGUAGUGGCAGGAGAGUUUGGCUCCAAGUCCAGCCAGGCAUCCCGGCGCUUUGGCACCAUGAGCUCUAUGUCCGGGGCUGAUGACACCGUGUACAUGGAGUACCACUCAUCCCGAAGCAAAGCUUCCACUAAGCACGUGCACCCGCUUUUCAAGCGCUUUCGGAAAUGAUACCUACCCAGGUUACUUGGUUGAAGACUGGGUGCUUGGUCCCAGCUUUGGAAAGGGAUUUUUCAGUGUAAUAUCUUCUCUCCAUGUCUAUGUACUUUACUGUAGCACCAGUCAAACUGAUCUAAACUCAGUAUCUGCUAACCAUAUUGAAGAAAAUCAACACAGAGGUUUGGUUCUGCCUUCAUGUGACACCCAGGUUUUAAAAAAGAAAGCAAGAUUAUUUUUUGAUUUUUUUUUUUUUUUUUUUCCCCAAACUUGUUUGGGAGUGGGUCAUUCCUGUAUAUAAAAAUUUGUACUGGGGGCUGGGGUUGUGGCUCAGUGGUAGAGUACUCGCCUCACACGUGAGAGGCCCUCGGUUCAGUCCUCAGCACCACAUAAAUAAAUACAAUAGAGAUAUUGUGUUCAAAUACAACUAAAAAAAAUAAAUAUUAAAAAAAAUUUGUACUGUUUAAAAGAUGUUUAUCUUGAUGCUCAGCUAAAUAAACAAAAUGGAACAAUUCAUCCUCUUUGUUGAAGAAGUGUUUUUAUGCCUUGUCACAGGCAUGGUCUUUAUCUACAUGACCAGGCUCCAUCAAGGAGCUGUUGAGCUUUUCUGUCUUGUUCCUGGUGUUAAAGAAAAUGUGUUGAGGACAAGAAAGGCAGAGCACAAUUGUUUUGUGGAAGGUAGGGUAGGCAUGCACAAGGUGAAAACUUGUAUUCGGAGGAGGAAGCUGUUCUAACAGUAAAUAGUGUUCACACCUGGGAAGUUUUGAAGCCUGCACCAAAUAAAGCCUCCAGAGUGACUGUGGAGGCCCUGCAAGCUCAGCCAUAGCAGCAGCAGCAUUCCAUUUUUAUGUUACCAGCGCCAGCACACCUAAACUGUGCUCUGUAAAGCAGCCACAGGCCCUGCCCAGGGAGGAGACAGUGUCUGACAUUAGGGGACUUUGAAGCUAGGGCUGCCUUCUCCACAUUCCACUUCAGGAGCUGAUCUUUGGAAACAAGCACAUUCUCAGAGUCAGGUCAGGCAUUGGUGUUGCCAGGCAGGUAGGACUGUCCGUGCGAAUCCCAGGAGAUGGCAGUAGCCCCCACAUGCAAGGAGAGAAGGCCAUGGGCAGCUAGACACAGUUCUGUGUACAGGCAGGCAUGCCGAGCCCUAUGGGCUUGCCGGGCAGCCCUGGUGUGCUGGCAACUAGAUGUUCAAACUUGAUUAAAACCCAUUAUCUUCAAUCUCGUCUGUCAUGCCUUGUACUUGAAAUAUUCAAAACAUUACCACAUACAUUCUGUAUUUUCCCAUUUCUUGUUCUUGUGCUCAUGGAUUUCUUGACUGCUGACUUCUUGACUUAUGAUGAUGAUUUUUACCUGAGCCCUCUGAUCCUUGAAAGUAGGGAUGGGGGUGUAGCUUAGUAUAGAGCACUUGUCUAGCAUGUACAGGCCCUGGGUUCAAUCCCCUGCAUCACACAAACAAAGGAGGAACAUUUAAAGGAAUUGCUGUUUUUUUUUUUUUUUUUAAUUGUAGAUAGACACAAUUUCUUUUUUUAAUUUAUUUUAUUUAUUUGUGUGAGGCUGAGGAUGCAACCCAGUGCUCCACACAUACAAGCACUCUACCAACUGAGCCACAACCCCAGCCCAAUUGCUCCCCUUAAUUCUGGAAAAAAACUUACUGCAAAGAAUCACCCUUCCUUGUAUGUAAGACUCACAGGCAUCCCCCUUUUUUUACCUUGAGAUAAGGCUAGACACAGGCCUUCUGAUUUCCCAUUCUUGGCUUCAUAGAUGAUAAAAGUUCUUGUCUUCCCCCACUGAUUAAUUAGAUCAAAACCAAAUUUUGGUGGAGAUUCUCUUCUUUCCUCAAACCCCCGAAUUUUGACCCACCUUCUGCCUCCUGAAAAUAGACUUGACUUCAGAAUAAAUCAUUAUGUGAUCUGACAGUGCCACCCAGUUUGUCACCCUAAUUACCUGUCACCCUUUUUCUUUUAUUUUUGUGGUACUGGGAAUCAAAACCAGGGCCAUUCUAUCACUGAGCUACAUCCCUUUUUAAAAAUUUGAGAUAAGAUCUUGCUAAGUCAUUGAGGCUGGCUUCAAACUUUCUGCCUACAGGCUUGUACAACCAUGCCUGACUCUAACCCUCUUUCAACUUGUUUCUUCCUCCCUAUAAGUAAAUCCAUUUUGCCUAACUCUUUAGACAGACAUAAGUCCCUAUGAAAUGGUCCCCCCUUGCAGUAAUCCUUUCAAAAUAGUUUACCAAGUCCUAAUUUGUUUUUAUUCAUCUACUAUGGAACAAGCUCCUUUUGGUGGGGGGUACCAGGGAUUGAACUCAAGAGCACUCAGCCACUGAGCCACAUCCUCGGCCCUAUUUUGUAUUUUUAUUUAGAGACAGGGUCUUACUGAGUUAUUUAGCGCCUUGCCAAUUGCUGAGCCUGGCUUUGAACUCACGAUCCUCCUGCCUUGGCCUCCUGAGCCCCUGAGAUUACAGGUAUGUGCCACCACAUCUGGCACAAGCUCCUUUAUAUUCUCUAAAUUUCCAAAUGUUUGUUGCUAGUAUAGAAACAGUUGAUUUUUUAUUUCUCAAUACCAUAUUCUGCAACCAUGCUAAAUUCACUUGUUAGUUCUAGGAGUUUUUAGAUUGCUAGAAUAAGUAGACCAAAAUCAGUAAAUAUUUUAAAGAUUUGAACAUUGUAGAAUACUCCACCAAUAAUAGAAGAAUAAGAAUUUUUUCAAUGACCCAGACCAUUUGAAAAGAUAGAAUCAAUUUCAGACCAUUUAUAAGUCCCAAUAAAUUUAAAAGGAUUUAAGUCAUACAAGUUAUGUUCUGUGACCACAGUGGAAUCCAAUUAAAAAUAAAGAAUCAUCUCCGGGAACCCCCUAAAUAUUUGGAAAAUGUGAUGGUUAAUUUUAUGUGUUCACUAGGCUAAGGGGUGACCAGAUGUCUGGUAGAACAUUAUUUCUUGGUGUGUCUGUGAGGGUGUUUUUAGAAGAGAUCAGCAUUUGAAUUGACAGAGUAAAUAGAGAAGAUCUCCCCGCCAAUGUUGAUGGGCAUGAUUCAACAAAUCAGAAAGAACAGAAAGAGAGAGGAAGGAUGGAGUUGCCUCUUGGCUUGGCUGGGGCUUCCAUUAUCAGCUUCCUGGCAUUGGGCCUUCACACUCCUACUGGGACUUCACAUAAUUUGUUCUCUUUGUUUUUGAUCCUUCAGACGUGGAAUGCAACUACCCACUGGCUUUUCUGCUUGCAGAUGGCGGAUUGUGGGGACUUCUCAGCCUCCGUAAUCACAUGAGCCAGUUCCUCAUUAUAAAUGUCUUUCUGUAUGUACUCCAUUGGUUCUGUUUUUCUGGAAACCCCUAAUAAGGAAAAUAAUACAGUUCUAAAGAAAGAAUCAAAACAGGAAAUUAAUAUUUUGAAUUGAGUGAAAAUGAAAACUGUAUUGUUUGUAUUUUUUUCUGUAUUUUAUGUGUUGACAUCUUACUUUGAGAUAGUGAAGACCUAGCCAUAGCAGGCCAGACAUUAGCAGAGCCACACUUCUGUCUGAUCCACACACUUCAGGAAGCAAUAUUCCUCUUAGUCAUACUAGUGCCAGGUGCCAGACACCUAGGGACCACCACUGUAGUUUAGAGCCCAACAAAAUUAUUCAUACUAGCCAAUCGUAAAAUGUUUACCCUGAAAUAUCUUGUCUUUCCCAAGAAAACUCUAAGAAAAACUCUUGGACUUUCCUCUUACUCCAGUUUCUACAGACUGACCACCGUGUAUCUUCCCUAUGUGGCUCAUGAUGUUACAUGCCACUGGUUUCUAGGACUUCUGAAUAUAAUAAACUUUUGUUUACCUGAA